GAAUUAUUUUUCAAGAUGGCGUCCUUCUGGGAGUGAAUUUUUUCGCAGAAGGGAAUGAUGUUUUGUGCAUUUUUGUGAAAAACAAUGGUAAGAAAAACUAAACUGUAAUUUCAAAGCUUUUUGAACUGCACAACUGAAGAGGAUAAUUAUAAUUGUUCUUUAAAAUUACUCCUCUCCUUAACUAGUCACGCGAGGGUGGCAUACAGAUUGUUAAUUCAAAAUUAAUCGUCAUGUAAGCUUAGUACUUGUGAACUUUGGGUUUAGACGUCACAAAAAAAAUUUGAAACUCAGUUCAUCUAAUCUCAAUAGUCAGGUAUAAAUUUAAUAUAAUUUUUCUUGUUUUAUGAUAGACUAGUACAGAUGACCCCUCAAGCAUCUUUAUUGCUUUAAGCCUAAUCGUGUUUAAAUAAAGGAUAUACAUUUAUUCAUUCACUCAUUCAUGCGUAGAAGGAAAUUUGGUGGGAUAUAUCAACCUGCAAAAUUAUAGGUUGUCUUCCAUAUAUUGGGAUCUGAGGUUAUUUUGACAGUUGUAGAGAGUUGGCCAUUGCUGUUGCAGAGAGAUUUAAACAAGAGUCAAUGUAUCGACUGUCUGCCGGGACAAAAAAAGUGGCCAUUGUGGAGAGGUGGUUUUUAGUGGAGGUUCGACUGUAAAUUAUUUGUGGCUGACAGUUCAAAAGUGGGUGUGUUAGCAGUGGAUCCAAAACACCGGGAACAAAACUGAUACUGCUGAAAUGCCAGUUACUAUGAGUUAUUCAGUUAUACUAAUGCAUUUUUUCAUGCAAGUUAUUUGUGUGUUCGCAGAUAAAUGAACUUGCCCUUUUUUCAAGUCCAGUGCAAAGUUAAUUAACAUUAAUUUUUUUUGUCUCAUUGUGAGGGAUCGCAAGUGAAAGAUGUUAAAAUCCCACCCAACUCUCCUAAGGAUUUGCUUUUGGGCAAACAUGCUGAUUUCAUUGCAGCAUAUGGGAAGAAAAAAGAUGACUAUGUAAGUGAAAUAUUACAAGUCCUCUGUUUGUGCUAGAGUUUGAAAUGGCUAACCCUUUAGCGAACUACCUCCCUGUAAAGUGGAGCAUUAGCCAAUGGUUAUAUUUCUUUACGCUACUGUUUGCAGGGGAACUAAUGGCCAUUGAGUUCCUAAAUGACUUUGUAGUGUAGUGAUUAGCGCUAGUAAGUAAGUCAGGUUCCAAUCCAGUGCAGUACACCCUGUAUAAUGAUUCUAACUGGAAUGUGAUUCACAAGGUUUCUUGGUCAACCCUAAUAAUUAAAUUUCAGAGUUACUUUGGUAUACUACAAAAUACCCAUACCAAUCCACUGUGCAUUCUUAAUAAUUAAUUGUGGAGUGUUGACAUGUAAGUCAUGCACUUUAUUAAUGUAAAUUCAGACAAGGAACUGCAAUGGUUAAUCUAUGGAUCCUUAAAAUUUACUGAACUGAAAGUAAGACAUUUCCAUAUGUAGUUGUAAUGUUUCCUUAUGCUUGCUUAUUUUGGUUUAAUUCUGUAGGAGUACUGCAUAACGGAAUAUCUUCGAAUGAGUGGCGUUUACUGGGGUCUCACUGCCAUGUUCCUUAUGAACAAGCAGGACAUGAUGGAAAAAGAUGAAAUACUGCAAUUUGUCCAGUCUUGUCAGCAUGACAAUGGAGGCUUUGGAGCAAGUCAAAACCACGAUUCCCAUCUUCUUUACACCCUAAGUGCAAUUCAGGUAUAUAUACAGCACAGCCCAAACGUAAUGCAUGAGCAAGAAGUUCUUUUUGCGUCCGCAACCUUUCUACUUGCAGGGUGCCUGUGCUUGAAUCCUGCAAGAAGGAAAAACUUCUUUGUUGUUAGAAUUGAAAACCGCAAGAAGUUCUGUCUUUGCAUGAGUAGGAUUUUUGUACCACAAGAACUUCUUUGUGGUAAAAAUCUAAGCCAGGAAAGAGGUGCGAAGAAGUCUUCAAAAUAAAGUUGCGUUUAUUUUCCAGAGUCAGACCCCCCAAAAAACUAUCAACUGAAGAAUACUGAAUAGCUUUUUAUUUACUUUAUUAGGUUAUGUCUCUUUAUGAUUGUAUUGAGAAAAUAAAUGUUGAGAAGGCAGUGGAAUAUGUAUCCAAGCUUCAACAAGAAGAUGGAUCUUUUGUUGGUGACAAGUGGGGUAUGUUAAUAACAAUAUAAUCUCCUUUUUUUUUUUCAUUUUGAGCAAUUGGUGAAUGGAUAUUCUGAAAAUGAUUAGGACUAUGUUCAAGAGUUUAGAAGACAUUGCUAACCUUUUAAAAGACUGCAUCAGAUGUCUUGGAGCUUGUUUUAUCAAUUAAGCAGUAUACAAUCACAGAACCUGAAGCACUUUUGUAAAUCUCUUAACAAUUUCACUGUUAAUAAUCUGUGAAGUGAACUUGGACUUGGAUACAUACUUGGAUACAUAUGACCCCACCAGCAAUGCUGAUCUUUUUAUCAUGCUAAAAUAAAGUUCUUACCUUUAUGUUACAGGUCAAAAAUAAAUUCAGGUUGAAUUUUUUUUUUCAUUUUCAGUUGAUUCUCAAAUUCCUCCAUGUCUCCUAACCAGUGAUUAUUUGUAAAUUGGAAAUAGGAUACAAAGGUUAUUGAGAAUCAACCUAGGUUAAAACUUUUUAACCUGUGUGAAUGUAAUUUUGACAUGUAACACAUAUACAAAAUAAAAGGUUCUCUGGGCAUAACAUUGGACGAAAUUUAUAUAAAAAUGUUGCAGGGCAGAAUUUUGUCUCUGAAUUUUGUUGAGUCAGGCAGGCCGUACUAUGAGAUGAUUAUCUGCAGAUAACAGCUGAUCAAUUGUCAGGCAUAAAAUAUUAAGAGUCCUACCAACUUUCAAUAAGUGAAUUUUGGACUAACUUUACAAUGGAUUAACAUAUUGCUUCACUGUGCCAUGUUUCCUGAUAACAUAUGCAUCUUACCUCUAUUUUGUGUGCUGUGUUAGUUCUUAAUAUUUAUUUUCUUUAUUUUUCAUUCCUAGGUGAAGUAGAUACCAGGUUUUCAUUUUGUGCAAUUGCAAGCUUGAAACUAUUGGUAAUUCCAGACACAUAUUAUAUAUUAUUAUACAUUGUACACAUUAUCUGUCUUCUCAUUGGCUAAGAGCCUACAGCUUAUUUUGGAAAUCAGUGUAACCUACAGAUUAGUUAGCUGUUUGCUAGCAGAUAACUGACUAAUCUUUAGGUUGCACGCGCAAUGCAUGCUUUCCAAUAACAAUAUCAAUUCAGGUUCCUUGCGAUGGUGUGUUUGUCUUCAGUUUCUUCAAAACAAUGUAUUAUAAAACAAUUAUUAGAUUCAGUUUUCUUGAUAUCCUAAAUAAUCAAGGUCUCAAUAAGUGUUAUCAGUCUUGGCUUUUGGCUUGGCUGAUAACACUUACCUUGACCUUGCUUCGAGAUAUCAAAAACCUCAUCUAAUAAUUAUUUAAAAAUCAUAAAGAAUCUGCCAUUAUCAUUGUCAUCAUCAUCAUCAUCAUUAUUCCUGGGCUUGUAGGAAGAUUUUACGUGGAUUUGUAUAAGGUUCAUAUUCAGUGGUAAUUUUUUUUCUUUUUUAUCAUCUAUAUUGUUUAGGGUCAUCUGGAUGCUAUAGACCUGCAGAAAGCUGUAGAUUACAUAUUGUCCUGUAUGAAUUUCGAUGGUGGCUUUGGAUGUCGACCAGGAUCAGAAUCACACUCAGGGCAGGUAUGAUGGUGCCUGGUCAAUUUCCAAUGUCAUUCAUCAUUUUAUUUUACAUUUUUUUAUUCCUUUCAGUGAUUUUCUUACCUCUGCGUCCUGCGUGCCUGAUGCAUAAAAAGAUGCAAAAUAAGUCAUGGCAUGCGUCUCGUUCCUGUAAUUUCUGUGGCGGUUAUUAUGGCUGUUGUUUAAUGAUACAUAUGUCGUUUAGCCUUUGUUGUGAUUUAAAAUUGAAGGACUAUAUUUUGAUUUCAGUAUACUGUAAUACAGAGUCUGUCUUCAGAUAAACUGUCUGGUUACAUAAAAGCCCAAGCAUUUUCAAUUUUCGACUCGUUUUUUUACAUGGGACUCACUGGUUAUUGACUGGGACUCAUGAUUUUUUACAAGAUGAGUCCCAGGACUCACCAUAACAUUUGUAACAAAAUCACUGCCCUUUCUGUUCUGGGGAUCAUGUCUGUGUUUCUUUCUCUCUUUUCUUCAACAAAAGCAGCAAGUCAGACUCUUGAUGCUGAUGGCACUCUGGAGAGGCGUUCAGGCUGUCAUGGGGUGUUAUGCUUUUGACGUUUUCUAGACUACGAGCAGUCUAUCUUUUUUCUUAGUCCGUCGUGCGAAACGCGGGAGACACGAAAAUGACCACGCGCGUGACCUGAAGGCGCGAGACGGGAGAGGCACGAAAAAAAAGAGACUACCUCUGCCCUCGUUUCUAGCGUCUCGUGGCUUCGCCUUUCGACGCUUGCUCGCACAUAAACUCCCCCGUUUUUCUUCGCGAGUGACAAUCUUACUUCAUAGACGACAUUUUUUUCUCAGUCCACGACUCGCUGACUUACAAGGCGUUAACGAAACUACCUUUUUAAAACUCUAGCGAACUGACCUAACACCUUGGCGAAACGACUUACGACGUAAGCGAACAGAACGAUAGCGGAACGACUUGUAGGCGAAACGACAAUAAACUCUCAUUUGUCCUACCAUUACUAUUUCGGCGAUUUUCUCACGUUACAGCUUUAGGAAGCGUUUGAUUUUCUUUUUGUACUCAGGAAGGUGUUGUGGUUAAAUGUUAAUGUAUUUGUGUUUAUGUUUAGUGGCUUGUUUUUUCAGAUUUAUUGCUGUCUAGGAGCUCUGGCCAUUGCUGAUUCUCUGCAUCAUGUUAAUGCUGAUAUGUUGGGUUGGUGGCUUUGUGAAAGACAGCUUCCAUCUGGCGGAUUAAAUGGUAAACUAAUAACCGAAAAGAGCAAGGUUUGCGAUCAAAAUGCUUUACUAUAACGCUUACCUGCCUGGCGCUGCCUGGCAGGCGCAUAAGUGGAAUAUGGGAUGCAAGAGUGAUACACGCGGGAGUGGGGGACACGCGCAAGGAACUUCCUCUCUCCUCGCGCGCCUUUUCAUCCCUCGUGUCCAGCGCCGCAGUUGGUUUUUGCGCCCAAAUUUCUCUCACGCCUGCUAGGAUCCAGGUGACCUAAGCUCAGUAAGGCACAUGAUCAGUAGCCCGUGAGUUAUUUGGACGUUAAUUUAUGACAUUGGUUUGAGAAGGAGGCUAACCUGAGAUCAGGCGGCCCUGUGUCCCUUUUUGUUUUCCCUUUUCUCCGUCCGUUGACUUUCGCGCUUUCCCCCCAAAAAGAAAGCCUUCAGGAUGGCAGGUUAGAAGGAGGCAGAUUUGCGGUAUCAGCCAAUAUUUUUUUCAAUGAAAUAAGCCUGCAUGCACAACUUCAUUCGUGGUUCUUUCCUCUGACGUUACGGCUUCUCGGAUUUUUUUUCUGCGAAGAAGUACGCCUUGGGAGAAAGUCACCUAGCUUGUAGUGUGAGCAUUUUUGUUUUAGCAGACGAGAGCUUACAGAGCUUAGUUAGUUUGUUGUGUGUGGUCGCCAUGUUUGAUCUUGGGUAAGGUAGAAACUUGGGUGCGGACGAUUGCAAUCACCAAAUAACGCAAUACAUUAAACUGAAAACGAUCCAACAAUAGUUUCUGCAUUAUACCAAAAAACUUCCAAAAUUUGCAAAACUAAGCUUUCAUUUUUUUGAGAAUUCGAAAGAAUUAUGGCUCAUUAGGGAAGCUGUAUAUGAAUUACGUCACUCGAUGUAGCAUUAGCCUGCGAAAACAUCCGUUUCUCCCGGCUCUUCGCUGCUGGGGACGUUUUGCGCGAAACGUCCCCAACGGCGGAGAGCGAGGAGAAACGGAUGUUUUCGCAGGCUAAUGUAGCAUCUGAUAUCCAAGUUGCUCUUUAAAGCCUCGGCUGCGCCUCGUUUUGUAACCCACUUCUCGACCGUUAUGUGCGUGUCAGAUGAAACUGUGUGUUGUUUUUGAGAAUAAUGUUCUUUUUUUAAAAAAAAAAAAUGGUAGUCAAAACAGGAAAAUGCAUGCUCUGGGUUUGAAACUUCCCUUGUUUUCGACUUCCUGUCGAAGAAGACCGGAAGAUCGUCUGAGACAGGAAACGCCUCUGAUACGAAUCCGGUCAAGGGCGUGUCAGGCGUGUCUUAAAUUUAUCUGCCUAUUUUCCUGUCAGAAACAACCAGAAAAUCACACGGUAAAGGGUUUAUUCGGAAAUCCGUCUUGAAAUUCGUAUUAGCAGAGAAUUUUUGCCAGUUUGGCGCACUGGAAUAAUUAAAACUGAAACUAAAGAUUUAAGCACUUCCUCUAGAAAUGUAUCUGUGUUUACGUUUCCUGACAGGAAAGUUGGUCUAUUUUCAAUAUGAUUUGAAAAUCCAAAGGUUGUUUUUUCAUCACCUGCGAAUGAAAAGUAAUGGCAAAUGUUAAAUUAAAACGAUAUUAAUAUGACGCAGGGAUAUUUUAAAAAUAAGGAGCUUAAACAAAGUCCACCGGAAAUGAGGCUUUUCUCCUUCUAAUAUGCCUUAACACUACUAAAUUUGUACUGCGAAGUGUCUUUACUCUUAAAGAGACAAUUUGCCCCGAACAUUUGGGCUCAACCACUUCCCCAGAAUGCGAAAAGUCCUUUUCCGGUUGACGUACGUCGCUAAAAAACGUCUUUGCUCAAGGUCCCUAAUGUCUUCAAUGUGGUUAUAAAGGGCUUGGAAACACGCCUUUCGAAAUUGGACUAUUCACGUAUGAGACAAGGUUAUUUAAGUAUCAUUUUGCCAGGCUGUGAUGCUGGGCCGCACAAAUUGUCCCAAGUCCAUAACAGAGCGUUUUCACUCACGUGGCCGGCAUCUAUGUAAAUUUAUUGCAUGGAACAAAAGAAAGCGUUUACCUUAGAAAAGAGUUCAACUCCGCCGUGACGUCUUGUGAAUCCACGUGAUAAGGAUUCAUUAGUGCAUAGUGCUAUUUACCUUUUGGGCCACUUGAACAGGGGGACUGAAUUGUUGUUCAUCUCUCAGUCGUGGUUCUAAGAGCGACGGACGGUCGGGUAGCUGCGUUCAUGUGCGUUUUUGUUGUUGUGAUUAUUACAGGUCGGCCAGAAAAACUCCCAGAUGUAUGCUACUCCUGGUGGGUAUUAGCGUCGCUUAAAAUCAUUGGCAAGUUACACUGGAUAGACAAGGUAAAAUUCCUGAGAUUAAUGCUCUCGCAGAGCGGAAUUCUCAUUACAUGAAAGUGAUGUAACCAGCAGAUCGAGAACUAACGAUAAAUCUCAAACUAAACAUCAUUUAAGUUUUUUUUCCUUGGUAGUAAAAAAUUGGUGAAAAAAACUUGAAGUUAGAGGGUCUUUUAACAAGCAAAAAGAUGUUAGAUUUUUGUCCCGUUUUUAGCCUUUAGAGAUCGCUGAGCGCGCAUAUAAAUAUAAAAACCGCGGGGGAUUUGUUGACCGCUGGGACAGUGAGGCGGGGGUGGAUAAAUUUCUUGCCCUUCGCGCGCGCAAAAGUCGUCGAGAAAUAAGAAAAGACGUCUAUGGAAAGGCUAUUUCUUUCUAUACUGCCCCCUGCAAGGCACUCAGAAAUUUGCUAUUGUAAAAUACAUAACACGGUAUAACGAGAAUGGCUAUGAUUCUUCGGUCAUUGUCUCUGAGCGAUAUAACUUCUAUUGCUUUCUCUCCACUUAACGAAUCGUUUUUGACGGAUGAACGUUUUAAAAGUCCUCGCACAAACAUAUUUUUCAGGCGCACUUAUAUUUUUGCUAUCUACUUGUAUGUGGCGUUUCUGACGAUCAGGCGGGAUGAGUGAUCCUUAGAUGCGAUCGUAGAAAACCGUCACAUUUUAGGAUUCAAGUGAGGAUUACUAUAAUGUUGCUGCUUUGUUUCAGGACAAGUUACGGAGCUAUGUCCUUGCCUGCCAAGACGAGGAAACGGGUGGAUUUGCCGACAGACCUGGUGACAUGGUAAGAGUCACAAUUUCUUGAACUUUUGUUACUGACCUUGGAAAGAAAAUCUAGCUGUAAACUGGCUUUAGAUUCGAGGAACAGAACGACUUCGAGGACAGGAUUUGCCUUAAAGUUUUUUUGCGUAUUCUCAAAUAAUAGACACCCCGGCAAGCUUCAUUGUACUUUUUUUCACCAGAAAAGUUAGCACUAAUAACUUUAUCGAAGGAGUUUAAGCCCUCUCCUGAUGGCAAAAUGAUAAAACUUCUAGUAUUUAAUAACUUGUUUCCGCCAGGUUCUCGCUAAAACUUGUAGUAGAAUGACGACGACUACCACGUUUUCCCGCCAAAAUGACGCUGAUUUAUGGGUGCGCACUACCAAGGAUUGAGAAAAUCUCCUACUCGUUGUCGUUCUCCUUGUUUAUGGGUCGUUUUCAGACAACUUCGUAUUCUUUUAUCUUAUAUUCAAUCUAUAGAUGUAUAGACCCUUUUCGAAACCUUUUGCCGGAAAAUUCUUGUCAGGGAGUCAAACAGCUGAGCCUAUGACAUAGAUUUGAAGUCUAGAAACUGAGAUAUGAUAGGAGAUAAAUACCGUAUUUUAUCGAUAAACUUUGGACCCUGAAUAAAGUCGGGCCUUUAAGCCCUUAAGCAUGACAUACAUAACACGAAAGACACUCAAGAAAGGGGGAAUAAAAAAUUCUUUCUCAAAAAUGUGUCCCGAAAAGACUGCAGAUUCAAACAAUCUCCAAUCUCCGGGUCCACGGAGCCUUAAUGCUGCAGUCGAUCAAUUGAGAAAAUGCCUUAUGUAAAUAAUCUCGCCAAGAUUCAGGUCCAUGUGGUAUUCAGAAAAAUUUUUCACCAUUUUGGUGUCCCUGGGUGGAGCACAAAUAUGACAGUUUACCAUGAGCAUCCCAGGGGCGCAGCAGGGUAAAGGGGUACUCCAAUAAAUUUUGGAUUUGUGUGUGCGUCCUGGGUCUUAAGCCCGGACCCUAUUAAAGGAUGAGACAAACAAAAAUCGAUACCCUAUUCAAGGCCCAAACCCGAAAAAUGACAUCUCAUUCAAAGGAAAAAAUAAAAGCUAAGAAUUUAAUGGCGCGGGAAGUAAUACUGUUCCUAAUACUCUUAAGGAUAGUUCAGUUUUAAUAGAUGAUUUGUUCCUCGUGUAGCUGGGCAUUUAUGCCCUUGAAUUUUAGCUGAUACAGUAUAGGUACCCUAUCUAAGGAUCACACCAGGAACACAAUGCUAACAAGGGCAAAAAUGAUACCCUUUUCAAGGUUCGAUACCCCAAAAAACAUACCCUAACGGCCGGCACAUACCUGUCUAACCCAUAUAUGGGAGUACCCCAGGGAUGAGCAUCACGCUUUUCAGGGGGCGGGGGAAGGGGGAUGAAGAACGUACGGAACAGACCAUUUUCGAUAUAUUAAAAUUCAUACUUGGCUCCGAGGCUUGGGGAAUAAAACAAAAGAAAUGAUUUAUUCAUUGGUGAGCCUUUUGUUUUAUUCCCCCAAGCCUCGGAACCAAGUAUGAAUAUUAAUAUAUCGAAAAUGGUCUAUAUGAUUAGAUCACAUGCUAGCGCAUAACGUUUGGCACUUGCCCCCAAGCUAAAAGUAAAAGUUUUGCAAGUAUUGGCUGGUUAGAAGUCUGCAUGUAGAGGCUGUCUGAUCUUUAUAGACUCCAGCCAUUUUCACUUUGAAUCUUCCCCAUGAAACUGAAAUCGACUGCUCACUACUCCGUAGUUGAAUUUGUGUAAGACAGAGUCACGCGGGUUGAAGAUUCUUAGGCCUCGUCCACACGUGUCCGGAUAUUUUUGAAAACGGAGAUUUUUUUAUUCGUUUUGGAAAAACUCCUCCACACAAGGCUUAUUCUAAUCGUUUUCGCCCGUUCACACGAAAACGCUAAGACAAUGGAAGUACGAUAGCAUCCCUUACAUGGCAUGCGCUGUAUGAUGUAUAAUGUAACAGCUUUUUUCUUUGUACAAAAAUACAAAAGUUGGAUAGUUUGCCCCGCAAAUAGCUGCAAAGCUAGUUCGUGGCGGGGAAAGACAAGUACAUCAAUAACGCAAUUAUCUACUAAAAACAAAAACCUUAAACUAUUAGAAAGCCUUGCAGAUUGCUACUAAAAAUAAAUAAAACACAGAAGUUAAGUGAUCUAAUUAACACAGCGCUUACUGACGUACAAUGCAUUAAGACAAGGAGUCACUGACUCUUAAAUGUUAACACAAAAAAAGGCAAGCAGACAUUAAAGCCUUUCGCAAGUGCAUCUAUGUACCCACUUUUUUAAUAAUCAUGGGAAUUUGCAUAUAAGUCAUCCUCCUUUUCUAAGAUAUCAAGUAGCGAUUUGCGGAGAACUUUUUUUGUAAGCUUUCUUUGGAAGAUCCGUUAUAUAGCGUGGUAUCUUAUUCUACUGCUUUACUCCGAGCCGAGAGAAAGAAUUGUUUUGUAUUUCUAGUCUAGAACUUUUAACAUAGAACUUUCCAGACGUAGACGAUCGUGUAUUGAAUGAGUGAAUAUUAGACGUUUUCUGAAAUAAAUUUAACAUGAAAAACCACAGUCUACGUACGUUUUUGGUGCCGAAAACGCCUGUUUAUGUGCAGACGGAAGAUCAAGACGGAGUAAAAAAAUCGCCUUUUGCUCAAAAAAUAUUCGGAUACGUGUGGACGAGGCCUUAGUUUCUAAAAAAGCUGGCCUUACUCACCCUUAAGUGGGUAAUAAGAAUAAAUAAUGAAGAUUUAGGACAAAAGUGGAUAAAGCAUAAAGCUUCAGUAUUAACCACAGUAGUGUUGCUCAUGAUCUUAAUACUAACCAUAUUAUCCGCUUAACCGUGAAAAUAUUGCCUUUAUCUACUAACACUUGACGAUGUUUUUGACAGGUGGAUCCAUUUCACACGCUGUUUGGUCUGACCGGUUUAGCGUUACUAGGAUCAUCUGAAAUUAAGCCAGUUAAUCCCGUUUACUGCCUACCCGAAGAGACGGUUGAAAGGUUAAGAAUUCAACCUGAACUUCUGGAAUGAAGCUCAUUCGCUUACAUCCACGCAGUUCAGUUUUUUGGUACAAGAAGUUCCAAUUCUCCAGUUCAAUUUGUAUAAAGGGACAAGGAAGGAGAGGUUUGAAAAUGCCCUGGGGCCUUGAGUGUGAAGACGUGCGUUUUUGAAGUAUCGAAGACUAUUUAGAUUCUAUCCAAGAUGACGUAGACUGCCCAUAGCGAUCGGUGUGAACACGCAACCUCAGGCGAGUGUCAAAGCCGUGCACGAAUUUCUUGCGUACCCGCGCCUUACCCCUAUUCCUUCGUUCCUUCUAUUUUGCGUUAAAAAGAAUAGAGAGGCUGUGAACG